CAGAGGCAGAACGUCUAAUCCUGUUUUAGCGGUCAGUGAUUCCUCUGUGUCGUUGUGUAACGACAGUCUUUUCUUGCGUUAAUUGCACCAUAGAACGACAGAGAAAAUGGCUGUGAAGGUUUGGAUCAUCUUCUACUCUACCUAUGGCCAUGUUAAGACCUUGGCAGAGGCAGUCAAGAAGGGCAUUGAAUCUGUUGAGGGUGUAGAGGCGACUAUUUACCAGGUUGCGGAGACUCUCCCGGAGGAUGUCCUGGCCAAGAUGCACGCUCCACCUAAGUCUGACUAUCCAGUUAUCGACCCGCACACUCUUGCAGAGGCGGAUGGCUUUGUGUUCGGUUUCCCCACUCGAUUCGGUAUGAUGGCUGCUCAGAUGAAGGCUUUCUUCGAUGCCACCGGCGGCCUGUGGCAGAAGGGCGCUCUACACGGCAAGCCUGCCUCUCUCUUCACUUCAACUGCCAGCCAGGGCGGUGGCCAGGAGACUACGCUCAUGACGGCUGUCACGCAGCUGGCGCACCAUGGCAUGGUUUUCGUGCCUGCCGGUUACUCCAGCGGUGCCGGGCUCUUCGACGUCAGUGUUGCCCGCGGUGGCUCGCCGUGGGGUGCCGGUACGCUGGCCGGAGCGGAUGGCUCCCGGCAGCCGUCGGAGGUUGAGUUGAACCACGCUGAAGUCAUGGGUAAGCAGCUGGCAACCGUUGCCAAGAAGCUCAAGGCAUGAACGAGCCUGACGAGCAUGAACGAGCCUGACGAAAGGUCCUGGCUGCAGCUGCUCCUCGGAUGCAGGCCCCUGGCUUACCCGGCGCUGGGUUUGGUUGGGUUUGCGAAAUCGCGGAUCUAUUGAUGAUGCGGUUUCGGAAAAAUGGUCUGGCUCUUGUAAGGCGUGAGCUGUGAUCUUCUCGAUCCUAUAACUGAAACCACCAAUCAAUUAGAGUUAAAUGAAAAAAUUGUGACUGAACGCAAUACGGGUGUGGCAAAAUUGGGUAGCGAUAUGCACCUUUUGAAAGUUGGACGAUCUGUGGCCGCAAUUCUGUUCUAUGUUUACUUGCGGGAUAUGACAAGGGGCGACGGCUGUGCGGGAGUCUUGUAACGUCUCUGUGGAACCCCGUGGCUGUAACCGCUUUCCGCUGCAGUAGAGGCUGCAAAUAUAUCAAGAUGGGGUGAUGGCAGGUGGCAAAUAACUUGCCACGACGAUGAAAAACGGUUCCCACAAGCCCUCGUUGCUUCACUUUUGUAAUGAUAAUAAGCGAGC